GGAAAAAUGCACGGUAUGCCCCUUUGGCGUCAAUAAAUAGACCGAUCGAGAAUAAAUUGGGGAGCUAGAGGAAGUGACUGGAGGUUUUUGCGGUCGUCUCGAAAGAGAUAGGACUGCAAUCACCAUGCCGCAAAUUGUCGGGCACGACGACCAGGCGAGGAAAGAUGCAUGCGCAGGAGAGGAGGGGCACACUGACAUGGGUACACAAGCUGAAAGCACUGCUUUCAUUCGCCUCAGCCCGUCGUCCCCCCACUGAGCAGAGACCUUGGUCUUUUUUAGGGCCAGCAGCACAGAAUCGCCAAAGACGUGGACAAUGGGCAUUCUUUUCCCGGCUCUCCAAACGGCACAAGCCCGGUCCAGAGUGCACAAUACCUGUUGUGGUAGCAGAUGGUCCGGCCGGACGUGCAGCCCAGCAGCUCCUGCUGUCCACCGGUGUGCUAUUUUUGCUCUCUUUUUUCCAGCGCGUGUCUGAUCAGCGAUGCAUCCUGUUUCUGGGUGCCAAUGUUUGAGUUUCAGCAGGGAUUGUUGUUGCAUUUGUUUUCCCUGCGAGGGGGGACCAUGUUUGCUAACAUAGGGAUUGUGUCGACGAUCUGGGGAGGGUGGUGCAAAGACCAUUCCCUAGCUUGAG